AGACAACAACACCGCGAACCUCACCUCCUGUACUUCAACACGAUUCGGGGACUCUUGGAUUUACACGGGCGAUUCUUUAUACUACGUUGAUACUUAGAAUACAUCGAUACUCGAUAAUAUUUAACUUGUAGCCCUGGCGCAUAAACAUCAAGAUGCCCUCUGCCACAGGUUCUAACUGGGAGAAGUACAAGAAGAAUUUCGCGGACGAUGAGAUUGAGGAGAAGAAGAUCACGCCUCUUUCCGACGAGGAUAUCCAAGUUUUAAAGACCUAUGGCGCAGCGCCAUACGGAGCAGCCCUCAAGAAACUCGAGCAACAGAUCAAAGAGAAGCAGACGAGCGUCAACGAGAAGAUCGGAGUGAAGGAGUCAGAUACCGGGUUAGCACCACCACAUCUCUGGGAUGUUGCCGCAGACCGACAGAGAAUGGCCGAAGAGCAACCUUUACAGGUGGCAAGGUGUACGAAGAUCAUUCAGGAUGAGAAGGAUGCCGAGAAGAGCAAAUAUGUGAUCAACGUCAAGCAAAUAGCGAAGUUCGUGGUGAACCUCGGAGACCGUGUCAGUCCUACGGAUAUUGAGGAAGGAAUGAGAGUUGGUGUCGACCGAAACAAGUAUCAAAUCCUACUUCCCCUACCACCGAAGAUCGAUGCAAGCGUUACGAUGAUGACAGUUGAGGAGAAGCCUGAUGUCACAUAUGGUGAUGUUGGAGGAUGCAAGGAACAGGUGGAGAAGCUGCGGGAGGUGGUUGAGAUGCCACUGUUAUCACCUGAACGAUUUGUCAACCUGGGUAUCGAUCCACCUAAGGGUGCCCUCCUCUACGGACCUCCAGGAACUGGAAAGACACUGUGUGCCCGAGCAGUAGCAAAUCGAACAGAUGCUACAUUCAUCAGAGUCAUUGGAAGUGAGUUGGUACAAAAGUACGUUGGAGAGGGUGCAAGAAUGGUUCGAGAACUGUUUGAGAUGGCCCGGACGAAGAAGGCUUGCAUUAUCUUCUUUGAUGAAAUCGAUGCUAUUGGAGGCGCGCGUUUCGAUGAUGGUGCUGGAGGAGAUAACGAGGUCCAAAGAACUAUGCUGGAGUUAAUCACUCAGUUGGAUGGUUUUGAUGCCCGAGGAAACAUCAAAGUCAUGUUUGCCACGAAUAGACCUUCAACUCUCGACCCCGCUCUGAUGAGACCCGGUCGUAUCGACCGAAAGAUCGAAUUCUCUCUUCCGGAUCUAGAGGGCCGAGCAAACAUUCUCCGAAUCCACGCAAAGAGUAUGUCCGUUGAGCGUGACAUUAGAUGGGAACUUAUCUCACGUCUCUGCCCCAACUCUACCGGUGCUGAGCUGAGAAGUGUUUGCACGGAAGCUGGCAUGUUCGCCAUCCGUGCGCGAAGAAAGGUUGCUACAGAGAAGGAUUUCUUGAGUGCCGUUGACAAGGUGAUCAAGGGGAACCUGAAGUUCAACUCCACAGCCACUUAUAUGCAGUACAACUAGAUAUCUGGGAAGACUGGCGGGUGUAUACUAGCUGGCGUAGGUGUUUCAGGUAGCAUUAAUGGAUAUAGACGCGAGUUAGCCGUCUGUUCUUCAUUACAAUAGCAAAGUGAAGGGCAAUAAAUAGUGAAGACCGUGCCUCAAGGUCGGUGUUAUAAGACAUAGUCAAGGUUCUGAACCCGUA